AUGCGCGCGGCGUGGCUUGCGUGCGCGAAUUCUCGCACAUGUGAGAUGUGCGAUAACUGCGCUUCAUCAGAUACCCUGCGCAUCUCCCUCACCGUCCCCCAUUCUCCCAACCCGCCCCACUUGGUUAACCACUCCCUUCCCUCAGCGCCCUAG